AUUUACUUUAACUAGUUUAUGAAACAUGAAGCUUAUUUUGAUCGUGUCAUUUCUUAUCAAUUCGUCGAUAAUCACGGCCAAAAUAUUAAGUGGACCAGAGAGGACUUUAGAAAGACAAAGUAAAAGGACAUCACCUGACACUCGUCACGAAAAGUUUAUUCACCAUCAAGAUGUCGAUAAUAAUGAGAUAGAAAGAAAAAACUGUGACGAUGAAAGAGAUCAUUUCUUUGGAAAAUUAGUCAAAGCAAAAUGGGAUAUUAACCCACCAAAACUUUCUGUCAAAAAAUCAGCGUUGAAGAAAGGUUAUGUUUUCUAUCCUGUAAAAUUUUCAAAAAUUAUAAAGCAGGGGAUUUUGGCAGCCCACAAUCAUGCUAGGGUGCAUUUUCCAGCAAGCAAUAUGAAAUUGAUGACAUGGGAUAGGGGAUUGGAGAAGAUGGCAAUACGACAUACGAGAGAAUGUCUUUACUCGAGUUCUGCAUAUUUUCAUCCAGUCGGAGAAAACGUUUUUGCUUCUACCGGACUUCCAUACAGCGAAGGCAUUCUAGAGCGUGUCAUUGAUCUGUAUUAUACUGAAAAAGCUAAUUAUGACUUCGAAAACUUGAGAUGUAAAAAAGGAAAAACAUGUCAACAUUUUUUGCAGGUCAUUUGGGCUAAAUCAUCCCGAGUAGGUUGCGGUGCUACUUUGUGUCGGAACCUCAAUGUUCAUGGGAAGAUUUGGGAUCAUGCAUUCUAUUUCACUUGCAACUACGCUCCCGUAAUUGAGGACUAUAACACGAAACCAUAUCUUCUUGGGCCACAUUGUUCAAGAUGCGACCCUGCUGAGGUGUGCAGAUAUAAUCUAUGCACAAAGUUGUCAACAAAAAAGUCAGCGUUGCAGUGAAACCAUUUCAGGAUUUUUUUAGUUUAUUAUAAUGGAAAUUAUUGUGAAUAUUAAAUAAAAUCGGCUGAAAAUUUUCCAAUUUUUAUUUCGCCAUCUAGUCUAGUCAAUGUUAGGCUUGGUAAGAUAAUUUAUCAUAGUGAAUUUCAGAAUGUAGAUUAUUGGGUACGAAAUUCACCUAUGGAUUGUUUUGUUACUUAUCGAUCUUUAGAUCGGUAAAUAUGUUGAUAUGUAUUUGUCUGUUUGUCUGUUAGAUGCACGCGAUAUCUCACGAAGGCGUGGUUGAAUCUGCUCCAAUUUUGC